AGAGAGAGAGAGAGAGCAAGAUGAGUGGAGCAGUUCUGGUGGCUGUUGCUGCAGCAAUGGGUAACUUACUACAAGGAUGGGAUAAUGCUACUAUUGCUGGGGCUGUUUUAUACAUAAAGAAGGAAUUCAACUUGGAAAGCAACCCAACUGUAGAGGGGCUUAUUGUGGCCAUGUCACUCAUUGGUGCCACUUUAAUUACUACAUGCUCCGGUGGAAUGGCAGAUUGGCUUGGCAGGCGGCCCAUGCUUAUAAUGUCAUCUGUCCUCUAUUUUGUUAGCGGUCUUGUAAUGUUGUGGUCCCCGAAUGUUUACAUUCUACUGGUGGCAAGGCUUCUAGAUGGGUUUGGAAUUGGUUUGGCAGUUACGCUCAUUCCAAUCUAUAUAUCGGAGACAGCACCGCCCGAGAUAAGGGGUUUAUUGAAUACUUUGCCUCAGUUUACUGGUUCAGGUGGAAUGUUUUUGUCAUAUUGCAUGGUUUUUGGAAUGUCAUUGAUGGAUUCCCCGAGCUGGAGGUUGAUGCUUGGGGUUCUCUCUAUUCCCUCCCUCAUUUAUUUUGUAUUAACAAUAUUUUACCUGCCUGAGUCUCCAAGGUGGCUUGUGAGCAAAGGACGCAUGCUUGAGGCGAAGCAGGUAUUGCAGAGAUUGCGUGGCAGGGAAGAUGUCUCUGGAGAGAUGGCUUUGCUAGUUGAAGGUCUUGGAGUUGGGGGUGAAACAUCUAUAGAAGAAUACAUAAUGUGCCCAGACAAUGAAAUCACUGAUGACCAGGAACCAACUGCUGAAAGAGAUAAAAUCAGGUUGUAUGGGCCUCAAGAAGGUCUCUCCUGGGUUGCUCGACCUGUCACUGGGCAGAGUAGUCUUGGUUUUGCAUCACGCCAGGGAAGCAUUGCAAACCAGAAUGUACCCCUUAUGGAUCCUCUUGUCACCCUCUUUGGCAGUGUCCAUGAAAAGCUUCCUGAGACAGGAAGCAUGCGAAGCAUGCUUUUUCCACACUUUGGUAGCAUGUUCAGCAUGGCAGGGCAGCAACCUAAAAAUGAAGAGUGGGAUGAAGAGAGCCUUGCCGGAGAGGGGGAGGAUUAUACGUCCGAUGCUGGUGCUGCUGAUUCUGACAACAAUUUGAACAGUCCACUAAUUUCGCGCCAGACAACAAGCUUGGAGAAAGACAUUGUCCCUCCAGCUGCCCAUGGAAGCAUUUUAAGCAUGAGGCACGAUAGUCUCACGCAAGGAAAUACUGGGGAACCUCUCAGUAGCAUGGGCAUUGGUGGGGGUUGGCAGCUGGCAUGGCAAUGGACUGAGAGAGAAGGUCAAGAUGGAAAGAAGGAAGGUGGAUUUAAAAGAAUUUAUUUGCAUGAGGAGGGUGUCUCUGCAUCUCGGCGUGGAUCUAUAGUUUCUCUUCCUGGUGGUGAUGUCCCUGCAGAAGGCGAGUUCAUCCAGGCUGCUGCUUUGGUGAGUCAACCAGCUCUUUAUUCUAAGGAGCUUGUGAAUCAGCAUGCAGUUGGACCAGCUAUGUUACACCCAUCUGAAACUGCUGUGAAAGGGCCAAGUUGGAAUGAUCUUUUUGAACCAGGAGUCAAGCAUGCUUUGGUUGUUGGGGUGGGGAUUCAAAUACUUCAGCAGUUCUCUGGUAUAAACGGAGUUCUUUACUACACUCCUCAAAUUCUGGAGCAGGCAGGUGUUGGAGUUCUUCUGUCAAAUUUGGGCAUCAGUUCAGCUUCUUCUUCACUGCUUAUUAGUACCAUCACGACCUUGUUGAUGCUUCCUUGUAUAGCUGUUGCUAUGAGGCUAAUGGAUAUAUCUGGGAGAAGGACCUUGCUGCUUAGCACAAUCCCUUUGUUGAUAGGAACCCUGGUCAUUCUUGUCAUCGGAGGUCUUGUUAACCUUGGAGAUGUUGCAAAUGCGGCCAUCUCAACUGUUAGUGUGGUGGUCUACUUCUGUUGCUUCGUGAUGGGAUUUGGGCCAAUCCCAAACAUUCUUUGUGCAGAGAUAUUCCCCACAAGGGUUCGUGGCCUCUGCAUUGCCAUAUGUGCCCUCACAUUUUGGAUUGGAGACAUCAUUGUUACAUACACACUCCCAGUGAUGCUCAACUCCGUUGGCCUUACUGGUGUUUUUGGUAUGUAUGCUGUUGUGUGCACCAUAUCAUGGUUUUUCGUUUUCCUCAAGGUUCCCGAAACCAAGGGCAUGCCCCUUGAAGUGAUUACGGAGUUCUUUUCUGUUGGUGCCAAGCAGGCAGCGGCUUCUAAAAUCAAUUGAUGACAGUGUCUGUGAUUUAAAAAAGAUAAAAGUUUUGAUUUGUGUUUUAAAUGCUGGAUUUGGUUACCUUUUUCUUUAUAUAUAAAUUUUUGUGAGUAGUUUGAUAGUUUUGAUA